AUGUUUCGUUCAUCGCGAGUGCUUCAAAUCACAGCAUUGCUUGCACUGUCUUUUGGAGCUGGAACUUUGCUUUUCCUGACGGCACGCUACUGGAAACGAAAGCGCCGCGAACCAUCAACUGGAAAUAGCUCUUCUUACAAUGAUCGUCCUUUGAGAAGAAAGAGAACCUUAACCUCAGGUAAUAAGCAGUCGGGAGUCAGGUUUGUCCUGAAGUGUGUGUACAUCAAGCAAUUUAUUAUAAUAAGCUCAUAAACAUCCUUACCAUAGCCCUAUGUUAAUCAGCUGACAAUAAGUUCACAGCUGUGGCCUGAGUUAUUAAAUUUAUAUACAAUCUGUUUUCGAUACUAAGCUUUUGAAACCUACAGUGUGUAAGUGGUGCAUUGAUUUUGUAGUUUCAACCAUCCUUACAUCCAUCCUUGUAAGUUGGAAAAAGUAUUAUUUUAAUAUAAACUAAGCUAAUAUUAUGCUAACAUUAUGGCCUGAUGGCUGAACUAUAAUUAUAGGCAUGAAAAUUACUCAGAAAUUCGCUUUGUUUCCGCAGAGUGGCGGCAAUAUCAAAUUUAAAAAGAAUUUACGUUAAUAUGACUUUAUAUAAUUAUUAAUUUUCUUUGGUGCAAGUGGGAUUUCGAUUUUAAUACCCAAUAUAAUGCAUUUUAUUUUUAAAAUUAAGAAUUGCAAAAUAAUGUUUAAAAUCAUGAAAAACAUGUUGGUUGCUGUGGAGAAUUUUCAACUAGUAAGAUAUGUGGUCUUUGUUUACUGGCGAACUGCUGGUGGCAUUUAGUAUAAAAACACAGUGACGACGUUUACGCAUUCAAUGGAAAAAAAAAAUUAAAAUCAUGGAUUACAAAUAAAUCACAUUAGUGGAACUGUGUGUGAAGUUUUGAUUUUUUAAUGCAGAGAGAUUUGCAUAUACAUGUAACUUACCUGAUAAUGAUAUACUGGUAUAAUUUACUUGAUACUGUUAUCUCAAUAUCUGCUGGUGCCCAUGACCACAAAGCUUGUCCUUGAUUUUUUUUAAAAAAAUCUCAGUGAUUUAGGAUUACCAUAGUUAUGGAUGGAUUUAAAUAAAAGUUCUUUUUUUCAAAAUGAAAAUAACUCAAGCAUGAGUUGGGUGGGUGCAAGAAUACUGGUAUUAUUAAAAGAGAAAGUGUAAGAAGGUACACACAUUUGUAUAAAUUCACUUCAGCUAUGAAAAUGGAAGAUAUUAAAUCUUUCUAACCUAAGGUUGAUUCCCAGGGCUAGUAGACCACUGAAAUCAAGAAUCAACCUAGGUUUAUACAUUGUAAUUCAGAAUUAACAUGAGGUCAAAUUUGACCGUUCACACAAACAAGGAUUUGCCUAAUACAGAAUGGUGUACUGUAAUACCAAUACAUUUGUGUAAUCAGUACAUGUACAUGUAUUUUCGUGUAGUUCAGUGAAAAUUUCUUCUUUGCUGGUACUUGCAGGCACAAGGUUUUCUGCUGGUGAGUCGACACCUAGACCUCCUGCCAAGAGCCUAAGCUUGGAACAAGAUGUUAUGUUUCGACUCCAUGCAUCAAAUGUUAGAUCACAGAGCAGUAACAUUGAGGACAUUGCUAUAACUGUAAAUGGUAAGAACUGUAGUCUUGCCUGCACAUUUUUAGUCACUUUAAGUCCCACCCUCUUACAUUUAUUUUUGACCUUUCCCAGACAUUGUCCUUGUCCUUUGCCACUAAAAAUUAAUGACAGUUACCGUACGUUGUACCUUGCGUACAUACGCUAUACUCUGUUACCCAUAAUGCCUCCACCGCUCCACCAACCUGCCCUAUACAUGUACCUCGCACUGCUCACUUGAAAAGUGUGUCUGGUUUCAGUAAUGACUCUUAUUUGCAAAGAUGGGACAUUAACCUAACGCCCAACUACGUAUACAGCACCAAUACAUUGUAUGUUGUAGUUCAGUUCUAUCCUUGGUUUAGAUUUUAUUUUCUUUUGUUUGUGGUUAUGGUAAUUUAGGGCAAUGAGUUCGAAACAAAGGAAAAUAAAAUUUAAAGAAAGGAUAAAAUUUAACCGCAACAUAUACAUGUAGUUUCUGGGAUCACCAAGGCACGCAAACCUCCACACUACAUGAGGGCACAAUGCUUAGGGAGGCCAAAUGACAGUUACUGGUACAUAUCAGGAAUUAAUAAUAUUAUAACAUAGCUAGAAUAUUCACCUAAUCAAAUUCAAUAGCGCGAGCGUGCUUCAUAUUCCCAUUAAUUGCACUGAUGACGUCAAUAAACUAUACCUUGAGUUCUUGUGUGGUCUUGUGAGCUUAGCAAUCCUCCAAAGACAUCUCCCAAGGGCAUCCAUAACUCAACAGUACAUGAUGAAGCAUUAACCAUGUGUUUUCUAACGUAAAUUUAAGAGAAAACUUUUCAAUUGUUAACCGACAGUAGGAAACAGAGGUGUGUUGUUGUUGUUGUCAUCUGCACGAGCUGUGCAGGCUAUGGCAUGUGCAAAUUACUCUUUGCAAAGUUAUUUCUUUCAAAAAGAAUUUUUCAGUGAAUUAAUAGUUUUCCGGCACCUCAAUAUGGAUAUGGAUUUUACAGUCUUUUUUAAUGUUAUCUUAAGUGACUUUAAGAGUAAACUUUCUCUCAGUUUAAGACAAAAACAUUACUGUGAGGUAGAAAAAUAUAGUCAUGCAGACACAGAUGCGUACUGCUCUGAGCGGUCAGCAUGGGCUACAAUAAUGAAAAUUUAAGCUACUGCAGCAUUAAUCAUGUUGAUAAUGUUAUAAAACAAUUAUUAGUUCAUGCUUCAGUUGUGUGUAUGUCAAGAUAUUGAGCACUUGGAACUAACUGUUAUUAUAACCGGUAUUUUGAGGUAAUCUUUACCCAGCUCUUAAUAAUGAACAAAGGUGUCCAUUACCUUUUGUAAAUCAGUCAACAAAGAUGAGCACAUGUAAGGAAAGGUGCCUGUGUGGCUGGUACAGUGUAGAGGCAAGAAGUUUGCAAAAGAGUUGAGAAAUUUUCCACCCUUAUUUCAGACUUCUACUAUUCGUAGAAUAGUUAAAUCAUACAUUGUUCACCUGCACUGUAUUGUAACAAUAAUUAUUUUAACAUUAGAUGGGAGGAUUUCUGAGGACAGUGCUGUUGAAUUAGGGGACAUAAUAACAGAUGAAGAAGAGAUUAUUGAGGAACUUAUAAAGAGAGGUACAGUAAGUUCUCUGUUGUAGAAUUUUAUGCCCAUGUACAUGAUGUUAUGUACAACCUUCAAAAAACUGAAUCUCUUGACCUGGAUUACACUAUUAGGAGUUGAAAACUUUGAAAUGGCUCUGGAACAUUGGUAUGAAGCAGCAGAGUAUGUCAUGACUCAGCGAGGGCAAAGCCAUCCACAGCAGGGAGACUCAUUUUUCUUUUUUGAGGCUGAUGCCAAACUCAAUGCUCUAAUAAGCAGCUCAAGAAAACUGCGGAAAGUCAUUGAACAGUAUGAUCUAUCAGUGACAUCUCUACCACGCACUCCAAGUAACAUGUUGACAUGGAUUGAUGAUGAAAGUUUACAGGAGCAGUUACAGAUGGGGAUGGUCAGGGAUCUAGAUCUUGAUGAUUCAUCUGAUGCAGAUUCAUUUGUGUCAGCAGCUGAUGAUGCACAGUUAGAGGUACAGCUGUACACAUAACUUUACAUGUUACAACAAUCAUGCAGAUGUUUGUUAAAUGUUCAAAUGCGCAAUGCAUUUUAACUGGAAGUGGACUUUUUGCACUCUUGAGCCGAGAUUUUGAACAAAUUGUCUCUGUAAGAGUAAAGACAUUUAAUAGUACAUUUUGGUAGCAUCCAGGCAUAGUAAAAGAGAAAAAGGCUUAGUUCCGGUUGACGUGCGUCACUCAAAAAUGCAGCUGCUUAAACUCUGUAUUGUCAUUGCGGGAACACUCAGAAAAGUAACAUGAUUUAUUGAUUAUUAUGAUUUAUUAAUACAAAUUUCCUGAUAGUGUACUCUCCCAUAACAAACAUGUACUUGAUACAAAAAAUGGGAGGAAAUGAAAUGAUUUGCUUGUUUCCUUCCUCAGUGAGAGCAACAAUACCACCACCUCUGACUUGUCACAAGCUUAUUAAAGUAUCCAUGAUUCUAUUUUGUAGUUUGAUGAUAGCACUGAGGAGAGACUUGUGAGUGAGUCUUGUAAACUCAAGCUGUUCAGACAAGCUGUUCUAAGAUCUGCUGGUUGUCACAGGUCUGUAGGAAAAAAAUGAUAAUAAUAAUAACAAUUAUUGUAAUAAUACAUGUAAUACAUAUGUAAAAAGUAGCAGCGGCGAGAAAAUAUUGAUCUUUUUUCUAAGUACAGUACAUAUAACAAUUAACAGUGGAUACUAGCUGUGUUUUACUGAUUAAACCUUGCUUCUUUUGUCUUGUGUAGCCACCUGGAGUUUUAUGUGUCAGGGUUGCAGCACUACAUUAGACAUGGAAUUACCUGCAGAAAGAUAAGGUGAAAACUUUGCUACAAUUUACAUACGUAUUGUAAGUUUAAAAGUACACACAUACAUAUGCUGUUUACAGGUAGCCAUUGUGACUGACCUGAAGGAGGAUUAUGAGGUUAUCCCUGUAUUAAGAUCUGUCCGUACUGCAGAUAACUCAACCCAGCGCGGGAAAGGUUUGCCACAACACUGGUUUGCCCUACUCUUUUUGAACAGUGGUGUGGGUUCUUUUAUGUCCCACAAGAACCAGAUAAGUGAAAAUGUUGUGAGAAGGGACCUACGUUUUUCUGUCCUUGUUGGAGAAGACUAGAAAGUCUAACCAUUUGCAGAUGUCAUUACAAAGGUAGCACUUUCUUCUCAGUUAUUUAGAGACCCUGAGUGGUGGUCUGGCUGGGGUUUGAACCCGCAAUCUUCCACUCAGCAGACUGCCGCUCUCCUAACUGAGCUAACCAGGCAGCCACUUCAUUGUUCGUGACUAUCAUCAUUACAGAAGCUUGUGUAGUUGCUGCUUGUAGAAAUGUAGACACUGUUUCCUAGCAGUUACAGUGAACAUAACUGAAGAGGUUUGAAACAAGGGAAAAAGACAUGUACAUCUUUGCAGUGUACCUUCAAAUCCAAUUUUUUUGCUCCAAAUUAUCUUCUUGCUCUUCUUCUCCUUGCUUUCUUGGGAUAUAGAAUGAUUAUCAUACUACUAAGUAAACUUGUAUUUGUUUUUAUGGUGGAGUAAAAGAAUCCUAAAUGUUCAGAAUUACCAUAAUUCCAAAUACUUUUUGUUAAAUGCCUACACUGAAGCAAACUGAAUGAAGCAGGAAUUUUUUCUCGUAAAUGACAAAACAAAUAAUUAAUUUCUGCUUUACUUGCUUCAGUUUAAUCUGUAAAGCAGAUAUUAUUCUGCUGAUUCUUGGAAUCAAGGCUUUUCUAUGCAAAUAUGUUAACUAAGUUCCUACAAGAUAGCCAGCACGGUGUAUGUACCAAAGUUGAGUCCUAGUACGUACAUGUAAAUCUAAAAGGCAACAGACAAAAAACAUUAAUUACCAGUUUUAACCGCAUUUUGUUAACCCUACAAAGUACUAACUUCAUGCUCAUUUAAUUCUUCAAAGGACAAGUGUUGUGGGCUGUGAAACUGACAUGGAGUUCCUUGCAAAAGUACAUUGCAUACGACAGGCAUCCAAGGUUUGUUGUUAACAAGUAUUCCAUAAAGGCCGUUGUUUCCAAAAAUUACCCAGAAAAAAAAAAAAAAACUUACAGCUUCUCUGUUUGGUUUGGCUUGUUAAAAAAACUUUUAAUCUCCUGAAGAACUGACCUAUAUGAUUCUUAACAGGUUUUUGUUGUGAGUAAUGUCUUGCUGGGAUGUAUUAUUUAGUGAAAAAAAAAUUAAUUUAAUUUACAAGACUAAACUUUAGUCCUGAUCCAUCAUUGAAUUCUCUUUUUAUUGGUAUGACUGUGUGUUUUGUUGUUUUCCCUCUAUGAUUUUUUUUUCAAGAUGGUAUUUUCAUCUUCUGAAAUCCGUCAGUGGUUCAUUGAAAGUGGUCGGCAAGCUGUUUCUACCGUUAUUGAACAGGCAGGCAAGGUGCGGUAUUGCUAUUUUUGUUUUAUUGUUCUAUAAAUAAUGGACUAACAUGACCUUAACCUUCCCAAACCAGAACAGCCUUUCUUUAGGUUAGAGUAAUUCUCUCUCUACUGUUGAUACUUGAUUGCCGCAAGAAUCUACAACCUUUGUUCCAGUUUUCCGUAAUCUUGUUACUUCUCUCACAUGUGUCAGAAAAAAGUUUUGUCUCUGUAAAGUAACCAACUCUACUCAAUGUUUAAUGCCUGCGAGAAACGCUUGAACGGAUCAUGGAAAUUCAAGAAACAGUAGAAGUUAACAACUCUUCAGGAAAAUUUACUUUCAUUCUAACUGCUCAGGUGGUACAUUGCAUUGAAACCUUAAAAAUAAUCCAACAGCAUUUUGCAUCAUGUAAAUAGAAGGAGUUGUCAGUUCACUGGUUGAACUUGAACAGUCAUCCAUGACAGUUUAUCUUAUGUAAAAUCCAUGCCUGUAAACAGCCAUCUCAAACUCAUUAGUAAUUCAUAAAGAAAAUACAAAGGAAAUUAAUGUUUAAUGAGUGUUUGGAAAUCAGAUGAAAAACUGCUCAUUUUUGCCUCCUUAAUUUCUCUUUCUAAAAUCAUUUUGUUUGAAAAGUAAUAUCAAGCAUUCGACACAGUGUUUCAUCACCAGAUGAAACACCUCGAUGUUCGUCAAAAAUACUCCUCAGCGUGUUGUAUUUUCACAGAUGGAACACUGUGUUUCAUGCUCUAUAUGCAACUCUCUUCUCACAGAUGAAACACUGCGUCUCAUGCUUGAUAUAUUAGGGUUUCAAUAUGAACUGAAUGCAGCAUGAUACUCUUCACAGGAUCCCUCGGACUUCCAAGCUGCAUUUGAUGAAUUAGUAGAGUAUACAUCCUCUGCAGACAACUGGAGGCAAAUUAAGGAUGAGCUUUCAGGCCGAGGGGUAUGAUUUAUUGUUUUAUUUUUUAUUUUUACCUCUCUAACAUUCAGGUACAGUUAUACAGGUUACAAGUUGUGUGUAGAAACCUAUCUAACCACAAGAAAACCUUAGAACAAAUAACAGAAAAAAUUAUUUUGGCCCUAAAAACAACAGCAGCUCCGAUACAGCUGAACCAAUAGAAUCAAUAUGCAUGCAUGAGAGAGCUACAUCACCUCAAGAAACACUGCUUAUUGGCCCUGGAAAUGAACAGUUUCCGUUGAAUUGUGUCAACUAGUACAGCUUAGUCAUGUGUGACACAACUUACAAUACCCGUUUGCCCAAUAGCCCACUUUACAGUAAUGUUACAGGUGGAAACAAGGCUGGAGUUGACCUUGUUUUGAUACAACCCUUCCUGCUUUGUUAUGUAAAUCAUGUUGUUCUUAUGCUAACUAGUAUUUUUAAAGCAUGAUUUCCAUAAGAAAAGGAAGGAGGUUUGUAUCAAAACAAGGUCAACUUCAGCCUCACGUUCACUCAAAGGCUAGGAUACUAAGUCUGCAACUGUAAAAUGGCCUAUUACAACUGUGGGCAAAGGAAUUUCCAGAGUACAGUUUCAACAGGGCAUAACAGUGAUAAUAAUAAUAAUAAUACUAAUAAUAAUGUUUACUUAUAUAGUGCCAUUUCCGUUUCCGUUUCUGUCCAAUGAUGCUUUACAACAACAAUUAUUUUUUUGAAAAAAAAAAUUAACAAUAUAAUGCACCGUUUAAAAAUUUUUAAAUUAAGCUAGCGUUAAAAGUUACAAUAUUGUUAAAAUGAAUAAAAACGUGAAUAAAAUCAAAUAAAAAUAUGUGUCCAUUUCACAUUAAAGAUAGUGACCACAAAUCUGGUUGGCGGCUGCAUAAAUGAAUGCUUCAAGGACCAGCAGAGUUCUCUCUCCUUCCUCUUAUUUCUCUCUCCCGUAAGAGACCUCUGGAAUCAAGGAAAUAUGCCAAUGGAUUAUAAUUAAUUUCUUUUUGUAUCUUAUCAGGUGAGCCAUCUCUCAUUCUAUGAUGUACUUCUGGAUUUUGUGCUCUUGGAUGCUUUUGAUGAUCUAGAGACCCCACCCUACACAGUAGCAACUGCUGUCCAAAACAGAUGGUUAUCAGCACGCAUUAAAGAAACUGUAAGUACCCUGGGGCCUGUUCCCUGAAAGUCCACUAAUUUUUCACGCCUGAAGCCUAAUUUGAAAAUUAAAAUCAUUAAAAUAAAAAAUGUGGGUCCUAGCUAUCAAACUAGUUCAUUUUUAAUGUUAACUGAUACUUUUGUAAUAUUAUCUGCGAAACUAUUGAAAUUCUGAUCUCCUUUUCGCUAUUACACAGUCACAUUCUGUGUGGGAUAAAAGCACUAUCUGAUAGCACUAGCACUGCCCAUCAGUCUAGUUGUAUUUACUGAUUAUUAGUAUAAUAAUUAUUACAUUGAUGAUUAUCGAAAAUAGAGUGCUAUGAUUGGCUAGGAGCCUCGCUUCACCCGGCUAUAAUCACCGUGCGGUGAUUAUAACAUUAAAGGCUAGCAGUUUUCAAAAUGGCAGUGAGAUUUGUUGAUGUUUCGGAGUGAGAAAUUGUUCAAUAAUUUUAUUUUUUCGAAUAAUCAUCAAUGUAACUAUACUAAAACAAUUAGUCACCUCAGGCGAUGUGAAUAUCGGCGAAUAGUCACCUUGACUUAUUCAUGUCGCCUUUGGUGACUUAUUGUUGACUGGUAAGCUGCUUGGUGGACUGAUACCCGGGCAGGGGCUACGUUAAAUUAAGGGAGAAAAAAAAUGUAUGAAGGCCUUUAAACUGCUUUGCUCAUCAAACAUUGCAUUUGAAGUGCUGGGUCCAGUUCUCCGAAAGAUGGCUAAGUUUAACCCACUAUUAAGCCAAAUUUUUAGCAAAAUACUGUUGAGCCUUUACCCAAAGAUACAGCUGUAAUGAUAACACAAAAUGUUACUAAAAGCAAUACAUAAGAAGGUAAAAUAGAACAGUGGAAAAAAUUAUAAUCCUGGAUCAGCACUAAUCAGCCUUUCAGAAACUGGGUUUUGCCUGAUAGCAUCAAAAUGAUGGUGGCAAUCUAGCCUUGUAUCUCAUAUGGAUUUCGAGUAAUCCAUAAAAUCAAGGCUGUGCUCUAAGAAAAAUUGAAAAAAGCCCUGGCCAGUGGCCUGAACCUGUGAAAUCUGGGGUGCCCAGCAUACGGUUUCCAAGAACAAACUUAAAAGAUUUUUUAGACACCUUGGAGCCAAAGAUCAGCAGGCACUGCUAGAGCACAUCCUUGAUAAAAUGCAUAAAUAUCAUUAUAAUUAAAUACAGUAGCAAUAUUUUAGGCUUGCUCAUGACAUAGCUUAAACUUUGUAAGCUGAAUCAACAUCUUGCCUUCCUGUCUCUUUGAGGUCUCUUUCAGUGGUGGGUUGUAGUUAUAAACUGAGUUCUCCUUGGCAUUAUUUCUUUUCAUGUCUUUGUUUUGUACUGUUAUUGCCAGGCACUUACCACAGCAAUCUGGGGUGUUUUGAAAGCCAAGUCCUCUUACCUUCAGGUUAGAUACUGAUUUCAGCAUUUUUUUUCUUAUUUAUUCAUAUGAUUAUUAAUAUUUAUUUAUCGGUACAAGCUUUGCCAACAGGCAACACUUCAACUGUGAGGUCCAAAUUUGCAUACGCACUGGCUUAGUUGAGGCAUUGUGUUAUGCUGCCAUAAUUAUCCCAGACAUAUGAAUAUCACUUCAACACAGCUCUUUUAAACAAGGCUGUGUAGAGCUGUGCCAAAGAAUUCUAGGGAACAUAAAGGAAGGUGCCCUGCAUAUAAAUAAAAAUUAUCUACAAAAACAAAAAAUUCCUUAUUUUGUUUGACAUAAAAGAUUUAAAGUUUCAAGAAUUAAUGACAGGAUAUGCUAUCACCAGCAUCACCGUUGUCCUGUUCAUCAUCAUCAUCAUCAUCAUCAUCAUCAUCUUAACAUGAAUUGUGUUAUCUUUUACAGGAUCCCUAUGGCUUUAUGGCGCAUUUCUAUGUUGUGGCUCAGUACGUGUCCCCAGUUCUUGCUUGGGGAUUUUUGGGAACAGAUGAAGAAUUAAAACAAGUGUGCGAGUAUUUUAAGGUUGAUAUCCAUUCCUUUUCUUUUUCUAUUUUAUACUUUGUUUUUAACUAGAACUAUACACAUUCGUGAGUAAACAGACCAACUUGCUCUCUCAUCAGCUAAGAAAUGGGUAGGAAAACCGGCUUCAUUUCUAUUUUGUUCUGUCCAAGAUUGAAAUUGUGGACUAAAGAGAUGGAAAAUGUACAUCCCUCCGCCUCCCAAAUCACGGAUGGGAAAAUAGUUCGCUUUGGCUUUCGCCCUGCUUCAUCCUUGAUUUCGGGGGGAAGCGCUUGCUGUUCUAUGUUAUUUUGUCCAAGAUUGUAGCUAAUUUGUGACUCAAAAAACUGGAAGUUAACAACUAUUUGUCGACAACACCAAAUUGACGCUUUGACUUCAUCUUUAUUUUGUUUUAGAGUAACAUCCUGGGCUUUAUCAAAGACAUCUUUGACUUCGACAGCUCUGAUUAUUCAACAACUGAAAGCUUGCGUGACUCCAUCGUCAGAUUAGCUAAGGAAAGAGGGGAACAGUUGUUGAGAGGUCAAGUCGAAGACACUGACGUUCUGGAAACAACGGAUUCCUUUGGCGAAUCGCAAGGCUUACAGAAGGUCAAGCAAUGCUGAGGAGAAAUAUCUUGAUAUUUAUCUUGAACUGGCUGAGAGAGUGGCCGUUUUUAUGCUAGGGACGUUUAAGCCGUCUCCUGUUGAAAAAAUAGUUCAACACUCGAAGAGAAAUUUCGUAUCUCCAAGCGGCCAUGUAUUGCUCUAUUUAUUAUAUAAACACCAAUAAAAUACCAAACCAUUUCACUUUAAUAGUUUUUUAUAUAAAAAGGCACCAAUUUAAUACCAAACCAUUUCAACGGUGAUAUUUUUUUUGUGAAGAUAUCAAGUUUUCGCGCGAAAGCUCACCUGGUAUUUCAUUGGUGUUUUUAUAAUAAAACUGUGUUUUUCACAAUGUUAUCGUCUACUUGAAUGCAUCCCGUUUUUAUGCCAGUCGCCUUUUAACGUCUCAGACGUUAAGCACGUCUAGACGACUUUAACGUCUCUAGUAUUAAACCGGCCAUCCUCGAAACGGCAGAUUUCGGCAAAUUAUUAUACGUUUCUGGGGGAAAGGACGAAGAAGGAAGCAAAAAGGGGAGAGAGCUCAAAUCUUACAUCAUCUCUCUCCUAACCCCUACCGAGAGCUUGAUAGUAAGGCUAGGGUGGAUUUCUUUUUUUAAGGUCAGAGUUGGUGACUUAGGAAGCACUUGAAGAGCAGUGUAUUAGACACUGGUGCUUUUGAGGUAUUUAUGUUGACAAAAACACCACGGCGGCGGCCGAAUGUUAUUGUUUGGAACACAUUUUAUUGUUUAUACAACGUUUGUGAAUAAUUUCAGUUGUAUAUAAAUGUGAAACUUACUUGGUAUUUUUUUAAGGCGAUGUUUUACGGGGCGAUUCACAUCGACGAUUUUGAGCACAUUGUAUCGUUUAACGUUGUUGCAACCCUGAAAACGCCCUAAAAUUGUCGUUGCAAAUCGUCUCUUGUAACGUUACAUUUAAUCCAUGAAUCCAGGGCAAGCAUAUUCUCCAAGGAGGCUAUUUAUUGUGUUUCGUGUCCAUUCUUACUUGACUUAACUUGCAAAGUUUCGAUGAUUGCAAACCGUUGUGGCUUUAGCGCCCUAGACGUAAUCUAUUGUUGUAUUUUUGCUUAUUUUCCUACACUGGAGGAAAAAUGAACUUACAAAAUCAAGGGAGCAUUCAGACACAUUAUUUUCACGAGUAGGAGAGUUUUCUCUCGCGUGCUUAAAGUAUUAACUGCUGUUGUG